AAACAAAACGAAGAGCAUGUUGUCCGUAACCGAGGAAAGGGUUUCCAGUUUUCGCAGCGACGAGCAACAAACACACACUGCUAGGCUGCCGCUGCCCUUUUAUUUCUACAAAAAUCUUCAAUUGGGAGCUAGAGAGACAUAGAGGAAGCGGAGAGAGGUGCAGAAAAUGGAGGAUUUGAAGAAGAGGAAGCUAGAUGAAAUGGGGAACGGCGAGGUGUUGCCCAACUCCAACGAUUCGACCGCGAAUUCAACCACGGAGGAAUUGCGCGCGCUUCUCGACCCGCUCGCUAAGCCGCAGCUUGUUGAUAUUCUUGCUAGAGCGGGGUCCCAAUAUCCUUCUAUUGCCGAAGAAAUUAAAAGUGUUGCAAGUGCUGAUCCUGCCCUUCGCAAGCUUUUUGUUCGUGGUUUAGCAUGGAAUACUACUUCAGAAACUUUGUGUGCUGCAUUUCUAGAGCAUGGUGAAAUCGAAGAGGGUGCUGUGAUAUACGACAAAGUGACAGGAAAAUCGCGUGGUUACGGUUUUGUUACUUUUAAAGAUAUGGAGUCUGCUCAGACGGCUCUAAAAGCACCCAGUAAAAUGAUUGAUGGUCGUAUGGCUGUUUGUAACCUUGCGAGUGAAGGACUAAGCAGCAACAGCAUAACACCUGAUCAAGCCCAAAGGAAAUUGUACGUUGGUGGUUUGUCACCUGAGACGACGAGUGAGAUGCUGCUCGCUUUCUUCAGUAGGCAUGGUGAGAUUGAAGAGGGUUCCGUUGCUUAUGACAAGGACACAAAUAAAUCACGUGGGUUCGGCUUUGUUACCUACAAGACUGUCGAGGCAGCAAAGAAAGCUAUAGACGACCCCCAAAAAUUGCUUGGAGUGAGUUUCCCUUGCCUUCAAUAUAAAGACAUCUCUUUGAACUGUAAAAGAUGGAUAUGUAAAAUGUUCUCUCAUGAAUUGCAGGGAAGAAACAUCACUGUCAAGCUAGCCGACAACUACAAAGGGAAGGUUUCACAAUCACAGCUACCACAAUCUGCGGUUCCAUUGCCCGUACAUAUGAAUGGUGGAGCCCCUAUGGGCUAUGCUUAUCCCCAACCAAUGGCAACAUACCCGACUGCUCCCUAUACAAGUCCACCAACGGCAGCAGCUCCUCCAUACGCUGUCCAUCCACAAUACUCUUAUCCUCAGUAUGGUGUUAAGAAAGAAACACCUCCUCAACAAACGGCCAUCGGGGGUUACCCUUCUUACUAUAUGCCCAAGCAAUGACCACCUUAACCCCAACUAGUAGCAUGGUAUGCUGAGCUGCAACACUUUUCAUUGUCUUGUUUCUUGCUCUGUGAUUGUGUAGUUCGAUUGUCUCUCAUCUCACUGGUUCUCUCUCCUAAUUUAGCAGGAUCGUUGCAAAGAAACUCAAGAAGAGAGAGAAGCUGCGUGCUCUCAUGUCAAUCACUCAUUAAUGUUUGGAUGAAUACGCCAUUUUUUUCCCUUUCUUCUUUUAAUGAUUUUGUUAGCCCUUUCGUAUUUCGUAAUACUGUUGACUAGUGAAUCCUUGCAAUUUAUUUGCUGCGUUGUUUCAUAUGCAUAUAUUGGUUGAGGAUGGAAAAUACUCCGAUUAAUGAUGCA